UUACAGGGCAGACAGAAAAAAGAUUUCAACGAGAGCCUUGAUGAAGAAAUCGCACGUACCCACUGACCUCAGACCCGUGACUGCUCAAAGUGGAGAAGGGCAUUCGGAGAACCUUGAAGCCAUGCAUUGGGAAUGCACAGAGAGGCCCAUCUAAUGUGGGGGAAGGAGCAGACCACCUCACAAACGGCCUGCCCCGUCUGUGGUUCCCUCAUUGGCCUCAUUAACCACCUCAGGAAACAGCAAGUUUGGACUGGUCGCAAUGGAUGAUUUGGAAAGAAGUAAUUUCAGUUCAGUUGAUGAGGAAAUUAAUUAUUGGAAAGAGCUUGCUCUGAAAUAUCAACACCGAGCACAGGACACGCGGGAAGAACUAAUUGAGUUCCAGGAAGGAAGUCGAGAACUGGAAGCAGAAUUGGAGACUCAACUUGAACAUGCUGAAAGUAGAAAUCGUGAGCUGCUGUCAGACAACAAUCGUCUCCGUAUGGAACUUGAAUUGUUUAAGGAAAAGCUAGAAGAACAUCACACAGAGAAUUAUAAGCGAAUUAGUUUGCUGCAAGAUGAACUUACUGAAACCACAGCCGUUAAAGACCAACUGCAGAAGUACAUCCGAGAACUGGAACAAGCCAAUGACGAUUUGGAAAGAGCAAAAAGAGCAACUAUUAUGUCCCUAGAAGACUUUGAGCAGCGUCUGAACCAGGCAAUUGAGAGAAAUGCAUUCCUGGAGAGUGAACUAGAUGAGAAAGAAAACCUUCUGGUUUCUGUACAAAGACUGAAAGAUGAAGCAAGAGAUCUGAGACAGGAAUUGGCAGUACAGCAAAAACCUGAAACAGUCAGAAAACCCUCAAAUCCCUCUUUGGAUUCUGAAAAUACAACAAUGCAAGCAUCCUCAACAAUACCUUCUACCCCACUACUUUGCAAAGGACCCAGCAGUGUGUUUGCUACACCUGCAUUAGUUACAAAAGAUGGUUACACUGGCAGUGCUCUGACUCCAUCAGCCAGGAUAUCUGCACUUAACAUAGUGGGAGACUUGCUUAGGAAAGUUGGGGCCCUGGAAUCCAAGCUUGCAUCCUGUAGGAAUUUUGUCUGGGAUCAGUCUCCAAACCGUGGAACUCUGCCAUCUGCUCAGAAUGGAAACCACACUAUCAAAGACAACAAUGAUAACCGGAUGUCAAAUGCUAAUUUACCCCAAUAUGACAAAGGGUUGGCAAAAAGACUAGAGUUUGGAACAAUUGCCUCAAAAGUCUGCAUGCAGGCCACUGUGUCACCACAGGGUGUUGUCAAAAUCUUGCUCUGAGCAUGGUAACUUUAAAAUUUAACAUGUUUUUAAAUUAAUAUUUUUGUAACCAAGCUCUUAUUGCUUUCAGUGGGGAAGUUAGUAAAGAAAAAGUUUUAAUUUUUUUCUGCUGGUGCAAAUUGAUGUUUAGUUUUUGAAAGCUAAAAGUAGAUUUUUCUUUCAUAUUGAAGGUGUAUGGCCCAUAUUAUAACUAUUUUUAGAAGCCCUGUUCCACCUUAGGUGUGGAAAAAGAGGGCUCAUUUAAAAAGGGGAAGUAUAAACAAAUUGGAAAGUGCCAGUUAAACAUUUAGCUUUGGAGCUACAUUCUGAUUAAAAAUGCUUCAAUUAGUAUAGUCACAUAGGGGACCUGGCUAAUUGGAGAAAUACCACUAAGGGAAGUUUUCCUUUUCUGUUGAUGGUUUUGUAUAUUUAGUUCCUCAGGAACUGGUAGCUUGAACCUUGGCAUUUAAGUUAUUAGGUGCUAAAUUAUUUCAUUGUUUAGUACUUAAUUAAAUAACUUCUGGCUUAUUUGAAGAUGCUGGCUCAAGGCAUUAGCUCUACACAAACUUGUGCUGUUGAGGAUUGUGAUGUUUAUUAUUUUCUCCCAAACCUGGAUGUGUAGCACUUGGGGGUGUGCUAAUUUUACCUUAAUUAUUUCAAGAAAAUUGUAUUCAAUGAUGCACCAGUGUACAAUGUACCCGUGCUGUAUAUUCUCUGGGUCCUGUUCGGCUAAGGGUAAAAUCUACUGCGAUCUGUUUAUAAUUGUGUAAUUCCCAUGUAACUUUCAUUUAUCAAUUUAUGUGCUGUAAAAUCUUUGUCAACUUGAGGACUUUGUGCAUGCUUGUGUUAGCAAAGCAGUCAACCUGUCUGUUCUCACCCUUUGUAAAUAUUUAAUCUGUUGCCUGUAUAUCUAAGAUAACAUUUUAUAAGCUCUUAAAGCAAUCCAAAUUUGUUCUAAUGCUUUAAAUGGAAACCUGUUCAAAAACUGUGUAUGCCGCUUGAUACUGAGCUAGUCCAAAAUGUGUACAACUUUAAAAUGCAGCAGUGAGGUUCAUUUAUUGUAUACUGAACAAGUGUUUUUUCCCUCACUUGGACAACACAGGAAUAGAAAGGAUAUGGAUUAUCAGAUUUAGUUCAAUAAGUUCUCAUUUAAUAGCAAAUGCUAGAAGUUGUUACUGUAUUACAUGCCAGUACAAUGCUGCUGGUGCAGAUUCCUGUGAUGCAGCCAUUACUGUUUGUAACUGCAUAAUCGAUUCAAACAUUGAUGCAAACUGCAUUAGUUGAAUUUUGCACUGUUCCCAAGGGAAUAUUUUGAGUUUUUUUGAGUUGGUGCAUUGGAAAGUGUACCAAGAAAAUUAGCUAGUUAGUUGGAUUAGGUCAGGAAGGGGGGGGGGGGGGCUAACAGUUUGAAUAUCAAUUUUAUCGGAUAAGGAAUAGCAGUGAAGUUCUUGGUAAUGAAGUGCUAAGUAGAUGAAUAAGAACAUAGAAUGGAUAGUGCCUUAAUGAUCAGUGCCUUUUUUGAUUUUUUUAGUUGAGGUCCUGUGAUUUGGUUUGGUUGUUGAGUUGUAUGCCACUGAAAAGCCAAUAAAUCCUAAGGAUUUAACCUUGAAGAAUACUGUAAUCUACUAAUAAUUGAAAAAUUUUCUGAUUUAUUCUAAACUUGGUGUAAAACCAAUAUCAAAGCUUUGAUAGCAGCAUUAGGAAGCAAGCUCUGAGGCUGUGUUAUUUUAAAGAUUUGGUCCUUAAUAGGUAGGUCUGGUUUGACUUCCAAGUUAAGGUCAUUGCCUUGCAAAAAGGGGUUUCUUGUCUGGUUAGAAAACCUGAGUAACCAAAGCUUGUAGGCAAUGCAGGGUGAGCAGGGCCUUUGCUAUAAUUCCAAAGUUCAAUUGAAAUAGAAGGAAACCUAUUCAGGAUCCUCCCCAAAGGCAGGAAAGUGCUAGUAAGAGGCAAAUCAUUAUCGUGAACCAAAACUGGUAUUUGUAUUUUUGCCUGACACAAACUGGCUUACAUGGAGCCACCAAGUCUUUGCAAAGACACAGAUGUCUAUUGUAGGGAUUUCCAAGGGAGGACUAUGCCUCUGAACAAAUGACUAGAUUGAUAGCACCUGCAAACUAUGUCUGCUCAAUGCACCAAUGUGUUUUGUUUCUGUAUCUGUGUAGAGUUUUGGAUCCAUGAUUAUUCUUGCACUCAUUAAUAGAUGGUCUUUAUCUUGGAGAGAGAAACAUUUCCAGACUUUGCACCUAGUGUCUGUUUUUAUUUCUGCACUGCUACUUGGUGCUUUAAUUACCAUCUCCAGCAACCACCUACUGUGAUAUGUUUCUAUUUUCCAUAUCAGGCCUGCAUGAGACCAAAUUUACGGUUGGAUUAGGGUGAUGCCCCUUUGACCCACUUUUUGAACAAAAUAUGACCAACAUCCUGCAGAUCAGAUAUUUGGUGGUGUAGUAUUGGCAAUGAAUAUUAUCAUGGUAGUAUAUUAUUUUGUUUCCCAACUUGGACAGAUGAUAGUUAUAGGGUACUACUGCAUUAGGAGGGAAAUACCAAUGUUUUCAUCUCUGAAAAUUCUGAUUUGCCUGUCUCUACCCCUUGAGUGCAAUAUUUCAUAAAUUGCAAAAUCGCUUGAUUAAUGUGUACAGUAUACUGUUGCAGAUUUGAGUUGCCAUGCCUAUUUUUACAAAAUAUUGCCAUAUCCAAUUUGUAAUCCUGCAAUGUAUGUAAAUUAACUGCAUUUCUUAACCAGUCAACUGAAAUAAAGUUGCUAUCAGUCCCCAUC